AUGUGGUGCCCACACCUUUAUCUGCUCUUCAAUGCCAGGAUGAGCCAUUUCCGGAGAAUGAUGUUCCAACAUGUGGUCAACGGUGUGGUAAGAAACUACCUUGCUCUACUCAAGGAACAGGAAAUGGCACAUUUGUGCAAUAAGAAGUGUAUGAAACGUCUUCCUUGUGGUAACCAUGAUUGUGACCAACCCUGCCACAGUGGAGACUGUAAAGAAUGUACUAAAACAAGUAUAAAAAAGCUCUCAUGUGACUGUGGUGAGGAAGUGAGAGGACAGUGUGGAGCUAUAACACCAGAAUGCAAGAAACGAUGUGCACGAGUACAUGCUUGUGCCCACGAAGUGACCCAUACAUGUCAUAAUAAAGAAACAUGUCCUCCAUGUUAUGCCCAAGUACAGAGAACGUGUGUUGGUGGACAUGAUACAAGCACUGUCUAUUGUUAUGAAGAUAAAAUCACAUGCAAUGUGAUGUGUGGAAAACCACUCCCAUGUGGACAUGAGUGUCAAGAAGAGUGUCAUGAUGGUAUUUGCAAGAAGGAAUGCAAACAGCCCUGUCUAAUUAAAUGCAAAAAUGGCAGCCAUAAUUGUGUUGCUACUUGUCAUUAUCCACAUAAAUGCCCUUCUUGCAAAGUGAGAAACAUUUAUUUGAAAUGUAAGUGUGGUAAUAAAGAACAACGGGCACUUGCUCUUUGUACAAGCAAUGGAAAGACACUACAAUGUGGCACAGGGUGCACUGCACAAGUGGACUCUACUCAACCCAGGAGGGGUCCUGGUGUGGAUUUCGAAGAUUGGGUGAUUGUACAAUUGCAAUCAUUCAUUGAAAAAGCUAAGAAGGGACUAAUUCCACCAGAGUAUAAAUUCAAAACUACUUCAAGCUACAACAGAAGGAUCAUUCAUCUUCAAGCAGAAAAACAUGGAUGUACAAGUGAAAGCUUUGACGUUGAACCAAAUCGUUACACAAUGGUUUAUUACAAGAAGUAGAAGCAAAGCAACCCACCUAGAUGUAUAAGUUGUGCUGUACAUUGUGUAACAUACUGAAAGGUACUUAGCUAUUAUCUGUAGUUACAAGAUUAAUUCAAUAUGUCUCUACACGUGGUCAAA